AUCCUUCGUGAAGAAGGAAAAUCCAACGGCUCUUUUAAGAGCCACCCACUUUCCCCCGUAAAAAAGCAAGUUUCUAUGUGGUUAAGUAAUUAGUCUUACUAAGAUUUUAAUAAGUUCAUGGUGAUUAAAUUAGCAUUGCAUUUAAUACGGAGUCUUGUGGGGUUGUGCAGUUUUGUCAUUUUAUCAGUUUAUUUUAUAUAUAUAUAUAUGUAUAUGUAUACAUAAAAUGUAUAUGUGUCUCUUUCAACGUAUGCAGUAUAAUCUACAAAAUUAUAGUGAAAUCGUGUUUUUUACAUUGAGAAAUAAGCACUUUCUGCUUCUAAAUAAACGCUAUAUAAUACAGAAUCCUCAGCGUACGUAGUCAGAGCUAUGAAAUUAUUUACACUAUUUCGCUUAUUCUGAAAAAUGCAGCAAAAUGAAACCAAGGAAUGGAGUUGGAUGUGGGGGAUAGUAGUUGUCAAUGGGCGUGGUUUACAUUUUAAAGCUUCUGAUUGGCUCACCUACAAGUCAAGCAACGUUUAAUGUGGCCAAUGAAAUCAUUCUGUGGGUUGGUCCACGAAGACUCACAAUCACACAGGUCCUUACUUCCCUUUUGAAAUUAGCAUGGGCAGUGUAUAAAAACCCGCGUGUAGUAAAACAACGUUAUUGUUCUUUGUGUGAUUCUGAGUGAAGUAUCAUGCCUGAACCAGCGAAGUCCGCACCCAAGAAGGGUUCAAAGAAGGCCGUCACUAAAACCGCCGGCAAGGGUGGAAAGAAGCGCAAGAGGUCCAGGAAGGAGAGUUACGCUAUCUACGUGUACAAAGUCCUGAAGCAGGUUCAUCCCGACACCGGAAUCUCCUCCAAGGCGAUGGGAAUCAUGAACUCUUUCGUCAACGACAUCUUCGAGCGCAUCGCCGGUGAAGCGUCUCGUCUCGCUCACUACAACAAGCGCUCCACCAUCACAUCGAGAGAGAUCCAGACCGCCGUGCGUCUGCUGCUGCCCGGUGAACUGGCCAAACACGCCGUGUCUGAGGGCACAAAGGCUGUGACCAAAUACACCAGCUCAAAGUAAAGCGAUGUCUGAUCUGAUCAACGAACCCAAAGGCUCUUUUAAGAGCCACCCAUAUUGUCUCUCAAAAGAGCUUAGAGACGCCGCUUUUGGGGUAACAAAACAACCAAUUUGUCGUGUUUUGCUGUAGAUAUUUUGAAGGUUCUAAACUAUCUGAUGUUUUACGUAAGAGGUAUGCUUCUAUCCACCGUUUCACAAAGCUUGAACUAGACCUAGACUAAAAUGCAUGUUUGGGUUGUUUUAACUGAAAGCAACUUCUACUGAAAUAUUUUAAUGUCAUUUUGUCUAAAGCUGUACACCAUAAUGUUAUUAGUGUACGUUUAUAAAAGCUACUUAAAUAUCUUAAUUGAACUAAGGCCUAAUCCCGGCUUAGGCUAAGACCUGUCUGUGAAACCGGGCCUAAAAGAUUUAAUUUUAAUGCAAAAUUGUUCUUUAUUCAGCACUGAAUUAUAUUCAUCAGCUGACUCAACAAAACAGCCAUGUAAUUACAAACAGGAGGCAGAUGAAGUGAAGCCUGUUGAAACAUUUAAAGAGAAACUUGCUCUCCUAAAAACAGAUUUCUGGACAACUUUAAAGCCCCCUUUUGUAGCUUUGUUUAGAAACAGACUGACUGGACCAGCCAGGGAACAGUAAUACAAACAUCAAAGACAUACAAGUUUAAAAGUUUGUGUGAGCAGAUUCACAAAUGUUUAGAUGUUUUUGUUAAUCUGAAGUAUUUGAGGGCCCUCUUUACAGCCAAGCUCUUGUGGAAUAUAAGUCCUAUGGUGGAAAGGAUUCCUUUGAAUAUUUUAUAUUAUUAUUAUUAUUAUUAGCUACCACUGUUGCUGUUGGAAGUCUCUUUUACUGUUAAAAUGUCAAAGAACCAUGGUGUUCCUCACAUUAAAUGAAUUUCAAGAUA